AUGCCCAUAUAUCCCAAGCCAGGUCAGGCCAAAAUAUACAUCGAGGCUCUUGAAGAGCGUGUGGCAGAACUCGAGGGUCUGCUAGCCAAGGAGGGACAUAAUUUCGCCUCCAGAGACCAUUGGGCCGAUGGCGAUGACCCAGAUGAAUCAGACAAGGACGAUCCAGCGGACAUGCAGCCCCUAUUGAAUGCUGUGAGAGACCUGUCGCUCGAUGCUACAGGGUCCUACGUCGGAGGUGCUUCAUCCAUUACGCUAGGCCGCGCUCUAGCGGCCGCUCUGGCUGGCAAGACACAGCUUUUAGGCUCGCCAACAACUGUCACUUGGGAGAAGACGCAACCUAGCAUUUCGUUCGCGAGCAGGAGCAGCUCGCUCGCAGGUGAUUCGGCGCUCCGCCUGAACUACGUCAACAACGAGACGGCGAAUAUGAUGGUGUAUGGAUACCUGAAGCAUCUACAGACCAACUUCCCCAUCCUGUGCUCCACCGACAUAUUGGAUUUGCAUAACAGGAGACACAUGCUCAAGGACGUCUAUGAGUUCAGCAUACUCAAUCUGAUAUAUGGCCUUGGCGGGCAUUUCUUGAACAAAACUGGUGAAUCGACUGUGUCACCCAAUGCAGAGACGCAUUACAAUAUUGCGUGGGAGAACCGAGAAGCCAUCUUGGGAAUGAAAGGAACGCAGGCUCUGAUCUACUUGAUGCUCCUCGGGCAGCACUGCUACCGGAUGCCCAAGGACCAUGGUGCAUGGACAUUUUUUGGCCUUGCCAUGAAGACUUGCGUCGAGCUGGGUUUGCAUCGCCGACAGAAGCGCUCGCGGCUUUCACUGCGAUCCGAGCACAACAAGCGUCUGUUCUGGUGCUGUUACUGGCAUGACCGAGAGGUGGCUAUCGCCAUGGGGCGGCCGCCCUCGAUAUCCGAUCACGAUAUCGAUGCGGAGCUUCCUCUUGACGUGGACGAGGCAACUCAAGAUAUUGAAGACCUGCGUAGAGCGGCUGAACAGGACCCAUCGAAGCCGGUCUCGCCACAAACCACCAUGACCACCUUCAUACAUCUUGUUCGACUCAAGAUUAUUGAAUCGGAAAUUCAGCACAAAAUAUACCGCGUCGACCGUCUCAAGUCGUCAGCGUCCACGUGCCGCACGACCGACGGUUUCCUUGAGAGACUUUAUGCAUGGCGGGAUGCCAUUCCUCCAGAGAGCAGUAAAAGCUCGCCCCUGGACUCGGCUCCUGCGGACGACGGCGACGUGUAUCGAGGCUACGACUCUUAUAUGGCAUCAUACUAUAAGACGAUGAGACUCUUGCUACAACCGAGAUUAUACGACAAGCCGAUCAGCCCGCGGUAUCUGGGCUUGUGCGCGGAGGCGUGCCGUGGCCUGUGUGAAACAUACAAGCGUCUGCACUCCAAAGUGCCCAUCAGUUUCUCUUCUUUCUCUCUACAAUCCGUCUUUCUUGCUGGGCUGACGCUGAUCUACUGCAUGUGGUAUGAUACCUCGACCAGCAGCAGCUUCAAGAACUUCAGCGCGCUCAGCGACUGUAGCGUCAUGCUGUACGUCAUGGCUGAGCGAUGGAGCGUGGGCAAGAAAUACAGGGACCUGUUUGAGGAUGUCAAGAAGGGCGUGCUGGAGGGCAUUGAAGAAGGGCGGCGUCUUUCGUCGCUGGGGAAUCUGCCGAUGGAUGCGACCAUGAACAAUGUCUCUAAUGACCUAGAGCAGAUGAUUAGUGACAUGGCUGGUCAGCCGAUCUCUCUGUGGCAGGAUGUCGAGGAUGAUGCCAUGUUUUCUGGCGUCAACGAAGCUGCGACGAAACUGUUUGGGCAAGCCACGACGUGGGAUGCCGUUAAUGACUUGGCCUGGUAUAACGGGGAGUACUCAGCAGGGUAG